AUGCUUCUUCCCAAGGUCUUUAGGCCGCUUGCUGCGCACCCGGCGCCUCUUUCCACAUCUUUCACACGCCUCGCCUUACCCAUUCGAUCACGAUGUAUGACGACCUCAACUAUCCAAUCUAGCGAACAACCAACUUCUAACGAUAUUCCACCCCCUACCUCCUCAAAUCCUACAGAAUCAUCUACUUCUACACAGACGGAACCCCAAUCCAAGAUACGAUUACCCUAUUUCGUAGGCAGGAAUAAUCUCAACAAUCUCGGUGUCUAUCACAAGCAGAAACAAGGCGGCAACCUCAAGAUCACACUGUUGAAGCACGGAGAUGGAGAUUUGAGAGCUUUAAAACAAGAUCUGAAGGCGGCAUUACAAUUGAACGAUACGGACAUAGCUAUAAACAACACCACUAAGCAUAUUGUCAUAAGGGGUCAUAAAAAGUUCAACGUCUUGAAUUUCCUGAACACCAUGGGCUUCUAA